UAACAAUGGGAAAGACAAAACGGCUCAAAAUGGGGCGGCGGCAACCUAAAGUUCCGCUUGAUCAACAGAUAGAAAACGAAAAUGCUGUACAGUCAAAGGGUCGGAUUAAAAUACGACCAAAGAAGAACGAAGACGAGGAGUAUGUUGAUGCCAAGUUAUCUGAAAAAAUUAUAAAUGAAGCUCGUAAACAGCAGCAAGAACUUGAGGACGAGAUGCCUCCUUCAGAGAGAGUAAAAUUGACAGCUCCGAAAUUGGGUCCUACAAACGAUCAAGACGAAGAAAAAGAGGAACAAGAUUCAGACAAUGACCUGGAUGGAGCUUACUACGAAAAUAUAGAGGUAAAUGAAGAAGAUGAAAAAGCAUUAGAACUGUUUAUGAAUAAAGAUGGACCUCGCCAAAGAACUCUUGCUGACAUCAUUAUGGAGAAAAUUACUGAGAAACAAACAGAACUUCAUACCCAGUUUUCUGAUGCGGGAACUCUUCAAAUUGAAGAAUUAGAUCCCAGAAUUAAAAAACUUUAUGAAGGUGUUAGAGAUGUUCUCAUUAAAUACCGUAGUGGAAAGUUACCCAAAGCAUUCAAAGUUGUUCCAUCCCUGCGGAAUUGGGAACAAAUUUUGUAUGUCAUGGAGCCUCAUCGGUGGAGUGCUGCAGCUAUGUAUCAAGCUACUAGAAUAUUUGCCUCCAAUCUAAAGGAAAAGAUGGCACAGCGAUUUUUCAAUCUUGUUUUGCUUCCUCGAGUCAGAGAUGACAUUGCAGAGUACAAACGGCUGAAUUUUCAUCUUUAUCAAGCUGUACGCAAAGCUCUUUUCAAGCCUGGAGGUUUUAUGAAAGGGUUUCUUUUACCAUUGUGUGAAAGUGGUACAUGUACUUUGAGAGAAGCUAUAAUUAUUGGGUCAGUCAUUACCCGUAAUUCAAUACCUUUUGAGCGUGACAACCGAGAACUUCCUGUCCUUUGGCACCAGUCUCUACUAACAUUUGUUCAACGUUACAAGAAUGAUGUGAGCAGUGAGCAACGAGAAGCAUUACUUGGUCUACUGAAGCGUCAUCAUCAUUAUCUCAUUUCACCUGAGGUGCAGCGUGAAUUACAACAUGCUAAGUGUCGAGAUGUUGAGGUUUUGGAUACUGAUAUGAAGGAAAUGCCAUGAGGCUGCUGCCCUUAUAAAAUAACUUGUCUGAAAUGAUAAGUUGCUGCAAAUAAGGUUUUGCAAUAAAUGUAAUUGUAAGGAUACAUUUUGUAAUUGAAACCUUUCCAGAAAUAUCCCAUCAAAUAGCUGUAAUAACACAUAGCAGGACAAUAUUUUGUAUAUAUGUGUAUAGUGUGAUUACAAUCAAAACUACAUUAAAACAUUACAUAUUAAUUGGUUUAUUAUUUUCUUUCUUGAACCUGUUCCCUAUGGGGCUUUAAAGUGUUUGAGGAUGCUAAUAGUUAUUUUUGUCACAAGUCCUUUAAAUUAGUUUGUUUUGAAGGAUGAAGUCAGAAGGCUAUCUGCAAGGCAGAGCGAAGUUAACCUUCCGGCUGAGACCUUAACGGUGGUAAUAGUUCGUGGUACUGGAUGCUUUGUGAUAACUUGAAUGCUUUUUCUGCUAAUGCAAGCUGAUUGAGAAAACAAAUGUCUGGUAAUUUUGAAAUACCAGCUGAUAUUUUCGUGCCACAUGAUAUUCUGGAGGAGGCAGAAGCUGCAAGCUUUAGUUUAAUGUCUUCUAAAUAUUUAGCCACUUAUGAGAAACCUUAUUAUAUAUGUUGUAAUAGGCAAACGAAAUGGAAUGUUCGAGGCAUUAGCAAAGAGAUUAUGCUCGCAUUUUUGAAUGAGCAAUCCAAAAUAUUCCAAAUAUCCAAAAACCAACUAGUCUCUGGUCAUUGUUUAGUAUGCUAAAAAAAUGUAUAAAAAUACAUAAGAACACCUGUGGACACAUCAAAGGUAUUCAUUCCAUAUCAUUCGAAAUAUAAUAGUAAAUUCUGAAGACUAAUUAUUUAAAAUUUAUUUGAGUAUAGAUAAUAUAAAGUUAUUGAUUAAAAAAAAAAUUAAGGUUACAAGCCUAAAAAAUUAGAACUUUUAACAAAACAACUAAGUUCUGGCAAAAGGCUGACGGCAUAAACUUGCGUUUGAAAGUCAUUCUUGAUUGUGGAGUAUUUGGUGCUUGCUAUAGACAAGAACUUGCAAAUUUGGCUGUGAACAAUUUACAAGGCAAAGAAAAGUAUAUUGGAUACGUAUUCCUGUGACAAUUGUUUAUGUUUAUUCCCAAAAAUUGUGUUUUGUGUCAACGACAUAUAUAUCCCAAGAUUUAUGAGCGCUGAUGAAGUCUACACCCGAGAGUCUGCUAAAAUAUAUUGAAUAGACUUGAGCAUUUUAUUGGCUGUUGCAUUGGACACACUCCUAAAGCCUUCCUUAGAUGGUUGGUUGCUAAGUGCAUGUUCACCAACGUAAAUAAAAGUUAUUUAAU